UACAUGUACAACCACCUUCUCUGCUUUGCUAAUCUCAUUAAUUCUGUUUUCGAAUCUUCUCUACAAUGGCUCUCUCUUACCAGUCUCUUUUCUUCCUAGUAGCAACCUUGCUUCUUAUGCAAACUCUGGGAGAUGCCGCGACGUGCAGCGACUGUUUCAUCCAGUCUCGGGCAGCUCACUACCCCAAUUCUGACGAACAAGGAACAGAAACUGGAAGAUGCGGGUAUAGUUCGUUUGGAGCAACAAUUAAUGGUGGGGAUGUAUCGGCUGCAUCUGAUCUCUACCGAGAUGGUGUAGGCUGUGGUGCUUGCUACCAGGUGAGAUGCAAGGACAGUAAGUAUUGCUCAGAUAAUGGAGUGACUGUAGUGAUAACUGACCAUGGCUCAAGUGAUAGCACCGACUUUAUCCUGAGCAGGCGAGCCUUUGCUCGGAUGGCUCAGACAACAGAUGCAGCUGCAACUCUGUUAGCCCUCGGUGUAAUUGAUAUCGAAUUCAGACGGAUUUCAUGCAGCUAUCCAAACAAAAACAUUACAUUCAAAAUUGACGAGAAUAGCAACUACCCUCAUUACCUGGCUUUUGUUAUAUGGCAUCAACAAGGCAACGAGGACAUCACAGCCGUGCAGCUUUGUGAGACACAAAAUUUCGUGUGCAAGCUAGUGGACCGGAGUUAUGGAGCAGUAUGGACAGCAACCUCGCCUCCUAGUGGACCUUUGCAAAUAAGGAUGCUAUUCAAUGGCGGGGACGGAGAUGAGCAAUGGGUUGUUCCGGUGAAUAACAUACCUGAAAACUGGAAAAGAGGAGAUAUAUACGACUCAGGAGUACAAAUUACUUUAUAGCCAACUACACUGGACUCUGUUUCUUAUUGAUUCCAUUUAUCUCGGUAGGAACAGAUCAGGAAAAUGUAACACACCUAUAUGGCACUUCAAAAUACAAACUAGCAGAAAUAAAUCAACAAAGUAAUACACUUUUAAUUUGGUA